AUGCAAGAUUUGGCUACUUUCUUUGUAGAUGACACCAGCUGUAAACUUCUGAUUUCUGAAUAUGCUGAUUUUGAUUCCUACUGGGAAGAUGAAUCAAAAAGCAAAAACAGAAAUAGAAUUCGUGUAGGACGUCAGUAUCAGGCUAUAAUUCCUCCUCUACUGAAACCAGGAGAGUCUGAUGGUAGACGACUGGAAGACCUGGAGACACUGAAGUGGAAACCUAAUAAUCUGAAUGAUCAAGAGCUGGAUGAAUACUUUUCUGUAGCAAGAGCUGUGAGUUUCUUUGGUAGAGCUAUUGAUAAAUGUCAGGAUUUGCAUAAGGAGUCGGACAAGUGCAUACAGACAGCUUUAAGAGGUUUGUUACCAUGGAAACCUGUGAAAAGUAUUAUAGAAUAUUAUUACCAAGGGAAAGAAGAACGUCCGGGUAUUUCUCAUUGUCUUAGUGAUGUGAGUGAAGCAUCUACCAGCAUGUUUUCACCAGCAAAGUUAAAAAAAGAAAGUGCAGACAUGGAGGAUGCAGGGGAUCCUCAUACCUCCCUUGAUAGUGGUAGUAGUGAAGAACCAGAUAACUCGACACAAGAAGAACAUGUUGAGGAACCGCUGGAGAGUAAACAAGAUGGUGAAACAGAAUCACAUCCUGAUCCAUCCACUAUCCCUUCAGCUUUUGAAGUUCUGGAAGUUAAACCCAGGAAGACUGAGUUAGUUCCUGCUACCCCAGAUCUUGAGUCCUCUAUUCUUGGAACUCUUCAGUUCUAUUUUCAUGGAAAACUGGUCCUAAAACUUAAUGCCCAACAGUCAAAGGCUAAUGGAAAACAGUGCCAGUGGGUCCAGUCUGUAGACACCCCCAAAGUCCCAUUUCCAUGGAAAGCACGGCAGUAUAAGAAGAAAUAUGUUGAUCAAAGUUCUGUAUCUGAGCUUUCUGAAGAUGGAGGAACAACCGCUAAUGCUAACUUUCAAGAGAUAGGAGGAGGUUUUAUUAAAAAAGCCAAAUUGAAGAAUGAUUUUGCUGUUGUUUGGCCAGAAGAAAGCCUGGUAGCACCUGUACAUUCACCACAAUCACCAUCUCUCACUGAGUGUAGACAUUUUGGUAGAACAACACCCCAUGAUGGAAACCUCUCUCCCCUGUCUGGUGUAUGUUCAGACCCAAGUGACAGUGAUGUAUCCCCUCUUCAUAGUCCCGUUGACAAGUGCAGUACAAAGAAAUUGCCCAGACCUAAUGAAUUAUGUACUAAACUGAAGGAAGAACUUUGUGUUAAACCAGAAUCUACAUCUCCCAGUGCUCAUUUCGUUCAUGAAGUUGAGGGAAGAAAGACUCCCUUGUACAUUCCCUGCCAUCAGCAAGACCCACAAAAAGUUGGCUCCCUUAAUAAAACAAAGAGAUUCUUUUCUCAUGUAAAUUGUGAUGCUUCAACUAGUAAGUCCGAAAAAUCUGGGAGUUCAGUGCCUAUCUCAUAUUCUUCUGUAUUGAAAACUGUAUUGGAAGCAACUGAUAAAUCUGAGUACAAGCAAUCAUCGUCAAGUUCAUACAAGCUAAACAGUAUAAACAAAGGAGAAGUGCCAUUAGAUCUGUCCUUAAAAUCAACUCACUCACCUCCAAACAAGUCACAUGCCAUAGAAAGUAAUUGGCAAACCAGUGAAAAGCUAAACAGUAACAGUAAUGAGCAGAAUGAUUUAACUUUGUUGUGGACAAAUGAAUCUGCUCCAAGUUUGUGUGAGUUCAGCACAUUUGAGUCUUCCAGUCAGAUCAAGCUCUCUCCAUCUUCAUCUCCUCCUGAUCUACGUUCGUCUUUAUUUUCCCUCAAGUCCCCAUCCUCAUCCCCUGUGUGUAGUGUCAGUAAACAACACUUGUUGAACACUUGUCUUGCUACCAAGACAUUAGCAUCACCCCUUGUAGCCAGUAGUGUCACAAACACAUUAACCCCAGCAAGAACUAAAUGGACUAGUUUCAGUACAAAGCCAGCAGUUGCUUCUCUAGCAAGCUCCCAAGAACAACAAGAAGGCCUGACUUACCUGUCUAUGCCAAUCUAUAAUGUUGCAUAUUCUUAUCCAACAAACUGUAUUGAGAAUGUGAAUGGGGGGUCACCCUCAUCAGGGGUUGACAAUUUCAGUCAAGAGAAUUGUAUGAGACCAAAAAGUAUGGAUAUUGAGGACAAGAACUCUCCUUCUUGUUCACAAGAAAAAGAAGAAAUACCAACAUGGAUUACAAAUAGACCAGUAAACUUAACAUCAUAUUUUCCCUUUUAUCCUCCACACAUUUACUCAUAUUAUCCAUAUGCCUACAAUCUAGCACAAAUGUCUUGGAAUGGUACUGCAACCCCGGCAGAAGAAUCAGAUAAUCCCUUAGACCUGUCAUUACCUCUCUCAGAGAAAAGAACAUGCUCGCCCGAACAAAAAAGUCCAGUUGAAAAUGGUACAGCUACUCAAGUGCCAAAUGAUGAAACAAACAAUGCCUCAAAAAAGGGAAUGUUAUAUCAGCUUCUGAAAAAACGGAAGUCUGUUGAUUCAAAGGAAUCAAUACAGCCACAGCAUGUUUAACUGCACAUCCCAGCAUUGAUCAUUUAUAAUGAGCUGAUUUAGAAAAACAUUAUGCAGUUUAUUAAAUGGAAAACAAAUUAUAGUUAAGAAUUGUUUUCUAGUGGUUAGGUUUCCAUAUCAAAAAGAAAAUGUUUCAUUAGCCAUUGUUCAUAUAACUUAUUAAAUAUAGAAUAAUUGUAACUGCUGAUUACAUAUUUUAACUAAUGUCAUAGGCAGUUGUAUAUACUUUAAGCUCAGCAGUAACUUAGCACUUUCUUUUUUAAGUAAAAGAAGAUUAAAAGCUAUUUGUCAUGUUAUAAGUAUGUACUGAUUUUUAUAUUUCUUUGUGUUAUUAUGCUGAACAGGCAAUAAAAAGAAACUUUAAAAAAAAUGAAGCAUACAUUAACCCUCACACUAUGGGUGGCUCAAAGUGUGCAUGUCAUGACUUUUUAGAGAAUUACAUUCAAAAUUUAAUGAAACCACUUUAUUAUCGUUGUAUA